AUGAGACAACUAUCAUUCACUUCCCCAAAGCACCCAUUUGGAGGUUACUACCACCGUUUUGACGCUGAUUCUGGUCGUGGACAACCUAAUCGAGAAGAUGAUCAACAAGUUGUUAUCAAGACUCCUCCUUACUUUGAGUCUUUAUUGCAAGAAGUUGAAGAGGAGACUCCAGGGGAGGACCCUCUUCAUUAUACUGCCUAUGAUGUUGGUAACUGGAAAGGCGUUGAUCGAUUUCACUUUGACGCUAAGGUGACACCACAGGAUUUGGAGGAUACAUUUCAGCCACCAUUUAAGAGCUGUGUAGAAGAGGGGCAUGUGAGCAGUGUAAUGUGUUCAUACAACAGGAUGAAUGGAAUUCCUACUUGUGCUGAUCCAAAUCUUCUUAAAGGAGUAAUCAGAGGGCAAUGGGGUCUAGAUGGGUAUGUUUCUUCCCCAAGUAAAAUUAGAGCCCCAUUAGCGUAG